UCUAGUCCUGGGACCCACUGUUAUUGGCUAAUUGAGAGGUCAUCCCAGCAACCCACACCGGCCCUUCAUGGAUCAGGUUCUCCACCCCUGGUCUAGAGUGAAGUCCCUGAAUUGUACAUACCCCAGAUCACCAUUCAAAACUCCACAACAGGUAACAUAAUCGACUGAUAAGAGUUUUGCUGCUAAUGGAGAACUUUGUAAUUCUGGGUGUCUCUCCUUUGUUGGUAUGUUUUCAGUCAGCAUGGCUACCUGAGACACAUUUUCCUCUGACAUCCCACUUGUGACCUGGGGAAUCAAAUCACUUGAACUGCAUUCUCUGUAAUAGGGUGCACAAGCUUCUGUAUGUUUGUAGCCUUUUUAGAAGUGAGUGUGUAAAUCCCUGACCAGGGUAAGUGGUUGGAAGAUGGAUUGGUUGAAGGAUUAUUAUAUGACCAUAUAUCUAAAAAUUAGACAAAAUGAAGGCAGUGUGUACAGAAUGUGUGUGAAAAAUAGGACAUGGACUCCAUGAUUGUAUGGCAGCUAUAACAAAGAUGUUUUAUUUGUAUUAAUUUGGAAAAAAAAACAUACUUGACCGCUGCACUAUGGGCACCAUAGAUGAUCCUGUAUGUAGCUGCUGCUGAGAAACGAGGGAAUUAUGGUUCAACUCAGGCACAGGAGUGAUAGCAAAGCAAAUUACUGGCCAGUCCUAUUUUAAUUGAUUGGAGGAGGUGUUUUGGGCAGCUCAUAAGGCCACCACCAAGGUUGGUGUUCCAGGCACAUGGCACUGGGUGGGGGGCCUGGGGGGGAAAAGGUGCCUAAGGAUCAGCCAGAAUCUGCAGGUUUGACCUGCUCAGCAACUCUCAACAGCAGAUGAGGAAGUGAGCAAGAAAGAACUUAUUAGUACUAUGCAUGAAAAAACCAUGACACUUGUAAAUUCCCCUGCCAAUUUCAUGCAGGUCAGUGACAUGUCUUUUAAAAAGUAUCAUUUAUGUUGUGUCAUUACAAUUUCAACCAGUGGCCUUGUCAUAAUAUACUAAUAUAUAAACUGAAUUUUAUCCCACAUGAAAAAUCUUCUAAAAUUGUUCUGUAACGUGACUUCUGUGAAGUCCUGAAUGUUUCACUCGGGCUGUGUUUUUGCCCAAGUAUUCAUGUACAACACUGUUUUACAGGAUUUAAUCAAACAUCAUAAAUGGCUGUUUUGCACCUUCUGUUGCCUGCCUGGCUGGUUUAUUUGUCUCGCCCUUUUGCCUGCUUUGCUUGGGUUUUGAUAUUUGAUCCACGUGGUAGGGGGCAGAUUUGUGCCCGCCCUUAUACUGCUCUGGCUUCUGAUCAUUCUCCCCAAAUAUGAACCCAGACUGCACUAUGGUCUGAGUCUGUCACUGCCGCUUUCUGGAGGACUCUGCGCUCCAUUAAUUAUUCACUCAGGUGAGUGGCUGGUCCCGCCUACCCUUUAGGAGAACCUGUGGGGUGAGCGAGAGAGUGAAAGAGGCUGGCAGAACGACAGCGAGAGCAAGAAAAGAAGGAAAAGUGGGAACCAGAGAAAUACCUGUCCCCUGAACUAAGACUGGGCGUCAUUGUGGUGGAGUUUGCAUAUUCCUCCAUGUGAGCGGAUUUAAUCAGGAAGAGCAGCGUGGUUUUUGGUCUGUUUACGUGAAGUAAAACAGGGACCCUCCAGGUGAGCAGAAAACCAUGGCAGAUUUUCCUGGCAAGGUGAAUACUGAGACGAGCACCCCCUCUUCCCACGGGGCUGGAGGGGGCAGGGUCCUGGGCUUUGCUUCUCGCUAUGUCUCCAUGGAUAUGCUGUUCAUCAGGACAAUUCCAGCCAUCCUCAUGCUGGUGGAAAUUGUUCUGGGACUGCUGGUGUGGGCAUUGAUCUCCAGCACCCAGCAAACACUGAUCUCAGCCUAUGGAUGGGUCAUGUUCGUCAGUGUGAUUCUCUGGAUCCUCACCAUCGUCCUUUUCUGGAUCCUUUUCCUUGGCCUCCAGCACAAAUUGAACUUGGUGCCCUGGCAGCUAGUGGUGCUGGUGUUUAACGGUGUUGCCACGGUGCUGUACCUCACGGCUUUCAUAGCCAACGCUGCAUCUGUAACACCCUAUUCAGGAAGCACGGAUUACAACCACCUGGCUGCCGCAGCGUUCUUCGGUAUCUUGGUGACACUAACCUAUGCAGCCAGCACAUUCUUUGCCUAUAUGGUCUGGAAAGAAGAUGGAGGCAAUGCAGCCAACAGCACAAUCCCAGAGUAGAUCCAACAGUGGCAUCUCUGGGAAGAUCUGACAUCAUAUCUUAGGGCAGACCCACAGCACUGUUCUGGUGCAAAACCAACCACCCCUUCCUAGGGUAAACCCAGUGUUACAAUCUCAAUGAAGACACAACAGCUCCAGUAGUAGGUUAACCCAACAAAACCAUUUCAGAUACAUGUAAUGAUCAAAGCUAGGAAAUGAAGGUAACUACUGUGUUGUAAAUAUUGUACAGGUAACUAUGAUAAUGUCACACAAAGCAUACACCAUAAUUUACUGGUAUGUCCCAGUUUGAGAGCCACAGUGUGCACAUACAUAAACUUUUUUAACACUAUUAAAAAUAAAAUUCCAGUGCUUCAGGUCGAACUGGAAAUGGAAGAACUUAAAAUGCACUUACUUUUCAAAGUAAAUAUCAUUGUGACUGU